UCUUCUAGCCAUGAUGGCGACCAUCAUUUACUACAGGCCUCCCAUAAUAGCUGCUCUUUUCACUGCAGGACAAUAGUCAUCUCGGCUUCCUUGACCUCGGCAUUCCGCUUAACUUGUCCAAGUAACGCUGCAAUUGUUGUUUUCAUUUGAGGCGUUCAUCGCAACAGUUGUGGCACCAUGGCAUCGCAUGUUAUAAUGUCCCUGGUCAAGUUGAGGAUGGAUAUAAGUCCUUGAACCCAAGUAUUACUUGUCAAGAACUAAAGACCUUUUUCCCCAUACUGACAAGUGAAGCAUGCUGAUAAUGCAGGACAUUUCCACGCAUAAACUCUCGGUCAACGCGGUCACUUCUGCGCCACAGUUAAGCAGCCACACCUGCGACGCUUGCUGGAUCUGCUCACUUCGCUCUAUCUGUUCUAUUUGCCCUAUAUGCCACCCUGGCGACCACAUGCUCCCCAACGCCACAUCUCAGAGCUCUUAUUCAGGUCCUAUCUAUGCCUCAGUCCUGUGCGACAGCCCGGAGAAUAUGUCCAGAGGUAUCUCUGACCGAGACGACUUUAUGCUACCUUAUCGGUAUCGUCGCUAUCACUACAAUGGGAGGGCCUAUGAAUUUUGUCCUCGACAACAAGCUCAUUCAUGUACAACUUGCGGUGUCAAGUCAGUGUCACCCCGACAGACUUGCUCAGGUUGUUCGAUUUGCCUUGCUGCCUACGCUGCCUCUACUGGGUCUACUCAGUCUGCGGACGCUACUGUCCCUAUCACUACAGCUCCUGCACCCGUGACCCUUUCAAACCCGCUUGUCCCACCGAAUACCCCUCGAGUUCUAAAUCGAACCGAGGUCUAUGGUUCGUUCUGCAGAAGAGGCACCGCACCUUGCGAAUGUGCUAUAUGUAUUCGAUAUCCUCAAGUUCAGAGGCGUAGAGGUCAAACUUCCCUGUACAUCCAUAUGCCACCCGAGCCAGAGUCUAAGAGUCAUCGCACUGUACCUUCAAAAGGGCGUUCUUCACGACGAGCUUACGAUGAUAUACCAUCGCUUGAUCUGGAACAUGACUUCGAUGAGACGUACUGUCCCGAUUGUCCUUUGGGAAAGGAAGGGGCGGUCUGUAAUCGUUGUUGGUCUACAUGCCGAGGGCCGAAUGCGGAGCCAAUGAAGGCUAGAGCUUCGCUCGUUGACGCUGUCCAGAAGGCGUUGAUUUCACUGAAACCGGCAUCCUUGACUAGGAAGGUACAUUGGAAUUGGAAGAGGUCGAGGAGCAGAAGAGAGGAGAAAAAACCUGUGCAACCGAUCACCUGGUCGAGGAAUAGUGGGACCAGUACUGUAACGGAAGUCUCGUGUUGGCAUGAGUUUCUUAGAUUUCUGAGGACGUCCAAGAUUCCUAAACACAACUAGAAUGAACAGACGUCCCCUUUCUUUCAUUGCCGGAUGGUUACCUGUACGCUUUACUACUUGUGUCUCUUAAUUUAAUGACUGCAAUGAAGGUUACCUUAAUUUAAUCUUCUUGGGGAUGACUCAUUCGCGAUGUUACCUUUCUUCAAAGUUCCUAAUACCGUUCCGUUCCGCCUUUGUAUGGCCACUUUUUCGGGGCCAAGCAACAACGGUCAUCAAUGGACUCUUGGACAACAAAGAAACUGAUUUUUCAGUCCAGCCUAUAUAAGAGUGAUCCUUUACGAACCAUUCGAUCUAACAUCAUCUCAUCUGCACGCCUCAUUCUCACACACCAUAACAUACUGCACAAUACCGACAAUGGCACCCGUUGCUAACACUCCCCCAAUUGACUAUCCAUCCAACCAGUCCAAAAUUCCUCAAGCCGUCAAUCCCGAUCGCAAAACCAUCUCUCCGGAGGAAUAUGACCAGAAAUGUAUUCAAAGGAAGAUGGAGACGUUGCGACUUAACCCGCCCCGAGUCCCUACUGAUGCUCUCAUUCCUCAGUGGGUCUUGGAUGGAACAACUUAUCCUGACUUGAAGGAGGCCUUUGGUAAGGACAAAGUUAAUCGAAGGACUGUCCGGGAGAAGCUUUUACAGGAGGUGAAAGCCGGGAAGCAGAAGGCAGUAGAAGAGCCGUCAAACGAUUCUGCUGGACUGCCACCACCAUCCGAUGCAGCAGUCAUGGCCUCUCCCAAGUUUUCACGCCGACCUGAGGAAACAUCGCCUCCUGCUGGGGACAUCGCCUUGCUGAAGUCGUUCAACGAGACCCCUAAUGGAAGGAGAAUCAAACGUCACCAGCGUAAGGAUAGCGAUAAAUCUGCGCUUGAGGAGUACCUUCCUCGGGACAAGAGGGUCACGUUCAUUCCAUACGAGGAACCUCCUCCUGCCGCUUCUGGCUCGGACAAAAGAGUGCAGGAUAUCCCGGAAUUAUGGUCUAACUAGGCUCAACCUUGACAUGCAUGUGACAGUGCCAUACGUAGUGUGUUCUGCGGUUGUAUCCCUUGUGAAUUACGGUCUAUGUUUUAUUUUUGAGACUAGUAUACGUUUUCGAUUC